UAAAAAGGGGGCCAAAAAAAAAAAAAUCAAAAACCCUAUUAUACUCGAAUUCCACUCACCGACUCCUUCUCCCAGAUUCAUCUCUCCGCCAUGGCAAACAGUAGCGACGGCGAAGUCGCCCAGAUUUUUAGCAAAUUCGACAAGAACGGUGACGGCAAGCUAUCUGCGGCGGAGAUCAGCGAAGUGUUGGUUGAACUCGGCUGCGCCACCACGCCGGGUGAGAUCUGUCGCGUGAUGGACGACAUCGACAAGGACAAGGACGGCUACAUUGACCUCCAUGAAUUCACUGAGUUCUUCCGCCGCCGCAUCGGCCGCGACGAUGAGGAGGCAGAGAUCCGCGAGGCGUUUGAUAUGUACGACCUCGAUGGGAACGGACUGAUAUCGGCAAGUGAGCUUCAGGCGAUGAUGACGAGGCUUGGGGAGAAGCACUCCUUGGAGGAGUGCGCCGCCAUGAUAAAGAACAUCGAUACCGAUGGCGAUGGCAACGUGAGUUUCGCGGAGUUUAAGAUGAUGAUGACACGUUAGGGCGCCUAGGCCUUUUGAAUUUCAACAGAAAAAAGGAAAUCAGUCUUCGAAUGAAUGACUGAUAUGCAAUAUUUUAGUGGUAGUAGAGGAUCUUAGAGUGUCUUUGAUGUGUGUUUCUUGUUUUUAUUUUUAAUAGUUUUUAAGAUUUUACGUAGAAAGCUACUUUUAUUUAUUUAUUUUAAUCUCCAAAUGAUGUAUUUACAAGGAAAGUUAACACUUAAUAGCA